AUUGGCUGGCGCCGGCUUUGGCCUUCCCACCUGUCCCUAGCGCGUUGGAUGCUGGAAGCCAAGAUGGCGGCGGAGCUGGUGGAGGCGAAAAACAUGGUGAUGAGCUUCCGGGUCUCGGACCUGCAGAUGUUGCUGGGCUUUGUGGGGAGGAGCAAGAGCGGCCUGAAGCAUGAGCUGGUCACGCGGGCCUUGCAGCUGGUCCAGUUCGACUGCAGCCCAGAGCUCUUCAAGAAGAUCAAGGAGAUCUACGAGACGCGCUAUGCCAAGCUCUCAGAGCCCCCGGGGGGCCCCAAGCCGCAAGUCUCCCCGACAGCCCCCACGCAGCCCCCGACGGCCCCAGACGGAAUGCCCCUCCACGCCUCCUUUGACCGCAGCGGAAACAACAACACUGCUGUACCCCGGACUGCCCUCUCCUCCACCAACAUUGACUAUCCCUCCCUCUAUGGGAAGUAUCUCAACGGACUGGGGCGCUUGCCUGUCAAGCCGGUCAAGCCAGAGGUGCGUCUGGUGAAGCUGCCUUUCUACACCGUCUUGGAUGAGCUGCUGAAGCCCACUGAACUUGUCCCACAGAACAGCGAGAAGCUGCAGGAGAGCCCUUGUGUCUUUGCCCUGACGCCGCGGCAAGUGGACCUGAUCCGGAGUUCGAGGGAGUUGCAGCCAGGUGUGCGGUCGGUGCAGGUCGUCCUCAGAAUCUGCUACACCGACACCAGUUGCCCUCAGGAAGACCAGUAUCCCCCCCACAUCGCUGUCAAAGUCAACCACAACUACUGUUCCGUCCCCGGCUAUUACCCUUCCAACAAACCUGGGGUGGAGCCCAAGAGGCCGUGCCGCCCCAUCAACCUCACGCACCUGAUGUUCAUGACUUCCGCGACCAACCGCAUCACAGUCAUUUGGGGCAACUACGGAAAGAGUUAUUCUGUGGGCCUCUUCCUCGUGCGGCAAAUGACGUCAGCAGAGUUGCUGCAGAGGUUGAAAAACAUCGGGAUCAAACACCCGGAGCUAUGCAAGGCACUUGUGAAAGAGAAGCUGCGCCUGGAUCCAGAAAGUGAAAUUGCCACCACCGGGGUCCGGGUCUCUUUAAUAUGUCCGCUGGUGAAGAUGCGCUUGUCUGUCCCGUGUCGGGCCGAAACCUGCGCCCACCUCCAGUGCUUCGAUGCCGUGUUCUACUUGCAGAUGAACGAGAAGAAGCCCACGUGGAUGUGCCCUGUCUGCGACAAGCCAGCCACGUAUGACCAGCUCAUGAUUGAUGGGCUCCUUUCAAAAAUCCUGACGGAAUGCGAGGACGCUGACGAGAUCGAGUACUUAGUGGAUGGCUCCUGGUGCCCCAUCAAAGCCGAGAAGGAAAGGAGCUACAGCCCGCAGUGCCCCAUCCUGGUCGUGGGAGGCUCAGCAGAGGCCACUUCAGACAUCAAUGGGGGGCCUCCCCAGGCCCCCAGCGUGGAAAAUGGCAAGGCCCCAGCCGACGUGGUGGACUUGACGCUGGACAGCUCAUCAUCGGAGGGUGAGGAGGAAGAAGACGAGGAGGAGGAUGAAGACGGGGAGCCUAAACAGAAGGUGCGGCGCGCCUACAAGAAUGGCCUGGCCUCUGCUUGCUGACCCGAGGGGGAAAGGCCCUUUUAGAAACAUCCGCAUUGGAAUAAAACAAGCUUGAAUACCUUGGUGCUUAACUCCGAUACUGGAAGAGGGGUCUUCCCACCCCUCGCUUCCCCUCUGCCUUUUGCCACUCUUCUAUCUGAUCCCGAUUCCUCCCUGGUUCUAAGCCAAGACUAAGGAAGCUGCUGCAUGUCUGGAACAUCCUGCUCUGGAGAGGAUGGGAGUCGGAUCGCGUUAUUUCCCGCUCAGCUCCGUUGCCUUUGGAACUGUGCUCCGAAACAGUUGCAGGGGUCGUUUCCCUUCUCCACCCCGUUUCCUUGCUUGUCUUGACCCCAACUUGCUUAUAUUUGGGAGGGGGUGAAAGAGUGGGGGAAACAACUUGACGCUGGCUGGUCAGAGCUCAGCCAAACCCUGCAAACUUUCCAACGGUCUUGUGCGUCAUUUUAAUUUUUUUGGGGGG